AUAAGAAACAUUUAUCCGGCAACGCCCGGGCUUUUUGUGUCAAAAUUGUUAGUUAGCCGCAUCUGAUUUUCCAGCAGUACACAAUGUCAGUCGCCGACACCCUCGAAUACGUGACCCUUGGCAAUCCUGUCAGCAAGAUGGUCGCCUCCUCCGCAUCCGCAUUGCUCCGGACCAUCGGAUUACGCCCGAAGAAAGUAGCAGUACAGGACACGAACAUGUCACUGCAUCCUUCCGCGCAGAGCUACGCGCAUUCACAUGGAUCAAUGUACGGCCUGGCCGGCAGCUACUACCACUUUGUGCGGCUGGCCGGGAUUGGCGGGGCGUCGGCCAUCUUUAUGGGCGCCUACUGCAAGUACAUCCUUAAGGAUGUCAGCGAUCCAAAGGAGCAGGUGGACUCACAGGCAUUCGCCGAUGUGGCCAAUCGCAUCCACUUUCUGCACUCUUUUGCCAUGAUGGCCAUGCCACUGGCCCACUACCCCGUGCUUACUGGGACUUUGAUGAUUACGGGCACGAUGUUAUUCAGCGGUUGCAUGUACUAUCGUGCUUUGACUGGGGAAAAGCGGCUGCAGCCGUACGCGACCGUCGGAGGAUUCUGUCUGAUGGCCGCGUGGCUGACGCUGGUCCUGUAGGAUGUGCGGGAAGGGAGACUACUUAUGUAUAUCUUAUAUAUCUAAAUAGCACAUACUGAACAGUUAUGUAGUCGAAGAGGCAACAAAAGCUAUGCCAAGUUUAACAUACAACAUCAGCUAAAAAUGAA